UCAAAUUAAAAGCCUAAAGUCAUUUGAACUGACAAAGGUCACUGGUUGCACUGACUUCCCACUGUGAAACACUGGGCACACGCACCAGUGAUGCUCUGAGUCAGUGUGUCAGGAGGAGGAAGGAAAGCAGUCAGGACGGAUGGAAAACUGGCUGACACGUCUGCUUCAGUCUUUUCAGCAGCCACUUGAUCAGCUUGAUGCUUUUCCUGAAGAUGCUCAGUUUGAUGAUCUUCUGUUUUGUUUGGUUCGUACAGAUGUUUCUGAUCCACUGUGAUGAAAACUCCACAGUGAUCCGGGUUUCUGUCCCGGAGGAGCACCACCUGUGUCUGCCCUGUGGUGACUUUGAUGCCUCAAAUGUGGUCUGGACUCAUGGGGGCAGGAAGGUCCCUGUGAACCCACAGGGAGACUCGGAGACCAGAGAGGACGUGCACCACCGGCUGCUGUCGCAUGGAGAUCUCUGCCUCCUGCAGCUCGAUGACUCUGACAGCGGCAAGUAUCACUGCAACCAGCAGCUGGUGGCUGAGUUGCAGGUGCUGACAGGUCAUGACUUCCAGGUGUCUGCAGGCUGGACGCUGCUGCUCCCCUGUAGCCGCUCCUCCAAACCCAAACAGAGGUGGUUUCAGCUGCAGACAGGAGGGAGGCGGGAGGCCAUCUUCACCCGGUUCAAAAAUGGUACGGUGCACCCUGAGAGGGGGGGGAGCCGGCUCAGCUUUAGGAACAACGCACUGCAGAUCUUGAACCUGCAACCGGAGGACGCCGGAGAGUACCAGUGCAACGGAAAGGUGCUGGGUCAAGUCACCAUCCUCCCAGUGCCCCCAGAGCUGACCAGCUUCCAGUCACCCACCAGUACAACUGCAUCUGCUGCAGAGACAGAAACAGAUAUGGUUGAAAAAGAGAAGGAGAAGGAAAAACCUGAGAACGCUUUGCUGCUGGCAGCUGUGGUCGGCCUGGGGUUAAUGAUCCUCCUCCUGGCUGCAGUUUGUGUUUUACUGACCAGCAUCAAGUGCACGAGGAAGAAGAGCAAAUACGCAGCGGUAAAGACACAUGACGAUCCUGAGCUGCAGCCGUGGACGACGACCACCAGGCAAACUGAGUGUGAAGUGUUUGAGAGUCUGUCUGUGCCAGAGGAGACGAUCCACUAUGCCUCCCUGGGCCGACACAACUGGAGGGAGAGACCCAGCAGGACUCCACUUGACUCCAACGUCAUCUACUCGUCUGUCGUCACCAGACCUGCUGCACACAGACACACUAACACACAGCGGGCCGCACCAUCGCAGUAGCAUGAGAUGGUUUAUAUGAAGCGUAAUCCUCAGUCAGCACAUUCUGUAGGUGUCCAGGUGGGAUUAAACCUGAUUUACACUCUGUGUAGAUCCUCUUUUACUGCACUUUAAGGAAACUCACCUUGCAGCAGCUUUUAAACGCAUAACAGAAGACAAACUCCCAAAUAUUUAAGCUAAAGUUUGACUAAAAUUAGAACUGCAAUCAAAACAUUAAUGGUGAAGCACAAAGUAGAAACUAAAGGUUGUACCUGUCGCUUUCUGUCCAGAUGACUUCAGAAACAUUUGUAUUCACAGUAGUGGAAGAAGUACUCAGAUCCUUCAGUACAAGUAUCAAUACCACAG